ACUUUUUUCCGAAAUCCCCAAAUUCCCCAUCCGUUCUUUUUUACUAUUUUAUUUCAAUUUUUUUUUUUAGGUUUCUUAACUUCGUUUGUUUUUCAAUCUGUUAUACCCCUUUCUCUCUCUGAUUUCGCUUGCAGAAUUGGAGACCUAGUGGAUUGCACCCGACUUUCUCUGACAGAUGGAUGGUCGAGGUGGUAAUAUGGCUGAUGCGCUAGUAAGGAACUAUAGGCUUGGGAAAACCCUUGGCCAUGGUUCAUUUGGGAAGGUCAAAAUUGCUGAACAUGUGCUUACUGGGUAUAAAGUGGCUGUGAAAAUUCUUAACCGUCGUAAAAUGAAGACUCCCGACAUGGAGGAAAAGGUGAGAAGGGAAAUUAAAAUAUGCAGACUAUUUGUGCAUCCACAUAUCAUAAGACUUUAUGAGGUGAUAGAGACACCAGCGGAUAUUUAUGUGGUGAUGGAGUAUGUGAAGUCCGGAGAGCUUUUUGACUAUAUUGUAGAGAAGGGCAGGUUACAGGAGGAUGAAGCUCGUCAUUUCUUUCAGCAGAUUAUUUCUGGUGUAGAGUAUUGCCACAAAAACAUGGUGGUCCACCGGGACCUUAAGCCUGAAAAUCUACUGUUGGAUUCUAGAGGAAAUGUGAAAAUAGCUGAUUUUGGAUUGAGCAAUAUAAUGCGAGAUGGACAUUUUCUCAAGACAAGUUGCGGUAGCCCAAACUAUGCUGCUCCAGAGGUUGUCUCUGGCAAACUUUAUGCUGGUCCCGAGGUAGAUGUUUGGAGUUGUGGUGUCAUCUUGUAUGCUCUUCUUUGUGGUACACUUCCUUUUGAUGAUGAAAAUAUUCCAAAUCUUUUCAAGAAAAUCAAGGGUGGGAUAUAUACUCUUCCCAGUCAUCUAUCACCUGGAGCUAGGGAUUUGAUCCCAAGGAUGCUGGUGGUUGACCCUAUGAAGCGAAUAACAAUUCCUGAGAUUCGUCAACACCACUGGUUCAAAGUUCAUCUUCCUCGUUACUUAGCCGUUCCUUCACCUGAUGCAAGGCAACAUUUAAAAAAGCUUGAUGAGGAUAUCAUCCAGCAAGUUCUGAGGAUGGGAUUUGACAGGAGCCAGCUGCUUGAAUCUCUUCAGAAAAGAAUACAGAAUGAUGCUACUGUUGCUUACUACCUGCUUUUUGACAACCGUUCUCCUGCUUCAAGUGGCUAUCUGGGAGCUGAAUUUCAGGAGUCAAUGGAGGCUUGUUCGCCAGGAAUUUUUCCUGAGCUUGACUUGCAUUUGUCCAUUGGGCAUGGCUUUCCUCAUAUGGGUAGAGAGAAAAAUUGGCUUGUUGGGCUUCAGACUGCAGCACAACCAAGGGCUUUAAUGACUCAGGUUCUUGGAGCUCUUCAAGAACUGAAGGUUAGAUGGAAAAAAAUUGGGCACUAUAACAUGAAGUGUCUCUGGAAUCAUGCUUUUUGGGACAAUGAAAGUCUGGCUACCAAUCACAUCAAUGACCACGUUUACCAUGCUAAUGAAGCCAAUGCAAAUACUUUACAGCCCCAAGCUAUUCUGAAGUUUGAGAUGCAGCUUUAUAAAGUUCGUGAUGAGAAGUAUCUACUUGAUCUUCAGAGAGUGAGCGGGCCGCCGAUACUCUUCUUGGAGUUUUGUGCCAUUUUUGUUAUGCUGCUCGAGGCCUCGUAGUAUGCUUGAAGAAGAGACAGCGGCCUAAACUUUUUGCAGUAUUUAUGCCUUGGCUGUGUCUUCUAAAUGUUCUGUACAUUUGUAGUGUUCUCUUUUCAUGCACAUUGCUCAUCUUUUGUUUAUAGUUGGGCUUCUUUGGAGCUGCUUAUGACCUUACUUGGACAAGAGAAUUCACUGUAGUGGCUCCAAGUUGUAAUUUAAGAUAAGUUUCAGUUUUUUGUUGCAUGUUUGUACUGGAAAUGAACAAUUUCUUUGUUCUUGGCUUUUAUCAUAACCACCUUGACUUUCUUUAA